AGAGCACCAGCGGAGCCAUGCAGCUGGAUCCUCCACAAAGACACUGUUGAUCCUCCAGUUCACAUCUGGACAUUGUGACAUCGCUGGACGUUGAUGGACGUGGUAACGGCGCCGGGACGCGGCUCGGGGACGAUGUCUUCGCCCGUCCUGCUCAACCAGGACAGCAUCAUCCGCUUCAAGAAGAGGAAAGCUCGGUUCACCUUCAGUGAAGUUCAUAUCCUGCUGGACGAAGUGAGGAAGCACCGCUUGGUGGUCGUAGGGAAGUUUAACCGCGGCGUUCCGACGGACGUGAAGAAGAGAACCUGGGCCGAGAUCGCGGCUCGUGUGAACGAGAUCGGCGAGUGCCAGCGCGAAGUGAUCGAGGUGAUCAAGAAGUGGUCGGACCUGAAGUGUGACACCAAACGCAAGGUAGCAGCCAUGCGGUCGGGGACGGUCCCGAACCGCGGCCUGAACUCCCGUCUGUCCCGGGACCUGAACCAGACGGAGAAGAUCGUGCUGCAGAUCCUGGAGAUGGACGACGGCCAGAACCUGGACCUGGGCCCGCUGGAGGACGAGGACGGAGAGGAGGAGGACGAGGACGACGAGGAGAUGGAGGAGGACGACGACAUGAUGGAGGGAUCUCCCAACGGAGGAGAGACAGCCAUGGGCCCCCCGGGGGGGAUGGGAGGACUGUCAGGCGACUCGUCGCAGACUCCCUUCGAUGUGCAGUACGAACUUCCUUCAACGGAAGAUGCUGAAACUGCGUUUGGAGACUCUGACGAGGAUCAGGAGGACGUUCCGUCCUCGACUCCGGCGGCUAAACUGGCCGACGGUCCUGCGGUUCCUCUGGUGAACAACGGAGUCCUGAAACCGGCUCUGCCGCUUCCCGGACCGGCACCUGGAGCGGUUUCUGGGCAAGAUCCUGGACCUGGACCGGCCUCCGAACAACCUCCUCCCGGACAAGCCCCUGGAUCGGCCCCAGGUCCAGCACCAGCACCAGGACCAGGGCCGGUCCCCGACCCCCCCCAGGUCCUGCCGGCCCCCGGCCCGGCCUCCUCCACCCCCGACGGCAGCAGCGUGCUGCAGUCGGCCCAGCUCAGCCUGCAGGAGCAGCACUCCACCAACGUGCUGCUGGAGACGGUGUCGCGCUCGCUGGAGCUGCUGGCCGAGUCGGUGACGCAGCUGGCCGAGACGCAGACGGAGUUCGUCCGGGAGUCGCUGACGCUGCAGAGAGAGACGGUGACGGUGCUGAGGGAUUUCACCGGCGGAGCCAUCGCCCUCAUCCACGACAAGUUGAACGGACGGCCGUUGUAGCAGCCGCGGGGACGGAUGGAUGGAGGGAUGAAUGAAUGAAUGAAUGAAUGAAUGAAUGAUGGAGGGAGGGAUGAUGGAGGGAUGAAUGACGGGAUGAAUGACGGGAGGAUGAAU